AUGUUCCGUUUGAAGGCAUAUGGUAUCGCUGGUGAUAAAUAUCUUGUUUACGAUGAACCAACAAACAGUGUUACACUCGGUCAAAAGGAUGGUGAGAGUGAAAUCUUUAGUUUUACUACAAUUGACCAUUCGGCUGGAUUUACCAUCGUCAAUCGUAAAGCCAUUCAAGUUCAUGGAUUGGAUGGUGGUCACGGAUAUGAAGACGUCAGACUCUGCUAUAAAGAUGGUAAUCUUGGAUUUUACAAAAAAUCAGCCCUACCUGAUGAUACACUUGCUUUGUGGGUUACCUUUUUCUAA